AUGACCGCUCACACAUCCAUCGACGCCCAGCAUCCGACGCGUUCGUUUCAGGGCCUGAUCCUGACCCUGCACGAUUAUUGGGCGCGCCACGGCUGCGCGAUCCUGCAGCCCUACGACAUGGAAGUGGGCGCCGGAACGUUCCACCCGGCGACGACCCUGCGUUCGCUCGGGCCGCGGUCAUGGAAGGCAGCCUAUGUGCAGCCCUCGCGCCGGCCGACUGACGGGCGCUAUGGCGAAAAUCCCAACCGGCUGCAGCACUAUUACCAGUAUCAGGUGAUCCUGAAGCCGUCGCCGCCGGACCUUCAGGAACUGUACCUGGGUUCGUUGCGCGCGAUCGGCAUCGAUCCGCUGCUGCACGAUAUCCGCUUCGUCGAGGACGAUUGGGAAAGCCCGACGCUGGGCGCCUGGGGGCUCGGCUGGGAAUGCUGGUGCGACGGCAUGGAGGUCUCCCAGUUCACCUAUUUCCAGCAGGUCUGCGGCAUUGAAUGCGCGCCGGUCUCGGGCGAAUUGACCUACGGGCUCGAGCGCCUCGCCAUGUAUGUGCAGAACGUCGACAACGUGUACGACCUCAACUUCAACGGCGGCGAGGGCGACGACAAGAUCACCUAUGGCGAUGUCUUCAUGCAGGCCGAACAGGAAUAUUCGCGGCACAAUUUCGAAUAUGCCGACACGGCGAUGCUGAUGCGCCAUUUCGAGGACGCCGAAGCCGAAUGCCGCGCCUUGCUGGCCGCAGGAGCGCCGGACGAUGCCUCCAACGCCCAGCUCCACAGAUGCGUCCUGCCCGCCUAUGACCAGUGCAUCAAGGCGUCCCACGUCUUCAACCUGCUCGAUGCGCGCGGCGUGAUCUCGGUGACCGAGCGCCAGAGCUACAUCCUGCGGGUGCGCGAUCUGGCCAAGGCGUGUGGCGAGGCGUUCCUGAUGACCGAUGCGGGCGGCGCAAAGCCCGGCUGA